AUGAAGGCCUCAAUCAUCAUCACCACCAUCCUCACCACCUCCGCCUGGGCCGGCACCCUCCCCACCAAGCGCCAAAACGCCGCCAAUGAGGCUGCCCUCCAGCAAGCCCGCGAAGACUCCGCCAAAGCUAUCGAGGGCGGACAGGGCCGUGGACGACUUCUUCUCGACGAGGGAAAUUGCAGCGAGGCUUGUAAGCGGUGUCGUCUUUCUGCUACUACCACUGCUGUUGCUGAGGUCUUUGCCUGCGGUACGGCUGCUGUUGCUGUGGAUGUUCUGACCGCUGGUGCUGCGGUGUUCCUUGAAGCUGCUGGUUUUGUGUUUUGUGAGGCUUCGGUUAUUACUAAUUUGAAUGAGAAGGAGGAGACUUGUCUUAAGGAGUAA